AUGCCCCCCAGAACGAAACCUGGCCUACACCACCAUCUCCGCAAAAGGGACAAACCACUCCGUACCUACGGCAGACAAACCUCAACCCCCGAGGCGCAAAGCGAACCGCCGCUCAAAAGACCACGACUAGCUGCCAUUAAGCAGCAUGAAGAGAAACUGAGCUCUCCAAAUCACAACUUAGAUGCCGCCACCAAGUCCGAGGAUGCAGCGGUAACAGCCGCACCCGAGGCAAAAACAACACAGGAUGAGCCAAGUCGAAGCAAACCCGACACGCACGCGCAGUCUCCCAAGAAGGGCUCUAUCCUGAGCUACUUCAAACCGGCUCCCCAGAAACCCAAAGACGAUGCUCCAUCCCAGCCACAGGAUUCACAAUCAGAAGAGCCAAUCGCUCCCCAAGCAUCGCCGAAACGGAAACACACCUCGAAACGAAAACCCCGACUCCUCAAGAUCAAAGCCAUCUCCCACGAACCCUGCGACCAAUCCUCCCAAGACUCAAACUCAGACUCCCCCCAACCACACUUCAGUCGCCACCCUCUCCAAAACACAACCUCCAAAACAGCAGAAACCACAUCAAGCUCAACAUCCCCCACCCAGUCCCCGGGGCGGGGAAAACCCGGCCGCAAACCGAAACCCUCUCCCUCCAUCCAAACCACCCUCAACAUCUCCGCCCAGGCUCCCUUCUCCGAAUGCAAGAUCUGCAACACCGUCUGGAACCCUCUGUAUCCCGACGACGUAAAGUUCCAUAACAAGACGCACAAGGCCGUGCUCAGAGCGCAGAAGCGCAAGGUGGACGAUUUAUGA